CUAUGAGUAAAACUACUUUAGAAUCGUUAUUGGACUGUCUCUCAAAGAUUAGGUCAAUCUUUUGAAUUGAAAAGCUAAUUGGCAUCCAAAGCAGCGAGGACUUCGAUUAUUUUAUGCGACCAAGUGCCUGCUGCAUUCCAUACACUACAAUAACCCAAACUUUUCGAGCUCGUUUAUAAAAGCCAUGAUGCAGCAUGAAGGACUCAUGUCAAAAUGUUCGUUCGCUCAACUGGAAAGGAAUCGCGAGCUGAGCACCCAACUCCUUGGGCGCCAGUCAAUGUGAAAUCAGACAAGCAAAAUGCUUGGACUAUGCUGCUCGAUAGCUACAUAUGCAGAUCGCACAUCCAUGGACUGUAUCUGCUCUUCUUACCCUCGAUGCGACGUCGUAUGCGAGUUCUGUGGUCACUGGCCCUGAUCUGCGCCUGCACCGUUCUGUUCCACGUGAGCUAUUUGCUGGGCGAGCGUUACCACAGCAAGCAGUUCCAGACCAUCGUGGCCAACGCACAUGCUCCGAUCAACCACAUCGCCUUUCCCGUGGUCAUCAUCUGCAACAAGAACCGUCUGAACUGGUCUCGGCUGCCGGAGAUCAAGUCGCUAUACAAUAUCACGCCGCCGCAAGAGGAACUCUUUGAUCGCAUCCUCACCGCCUAUGAUGGUCUCAGUUUUCACAACUUCAACGUGUUCGAUUCGCUCGUAGGCGAGUCCUUGGAUGAACUCAAUCACCUGAACUUUACGCAAAUCGUGAUUGAGAUGUCCUGGAGAUGUGACGAAAUCCUUCAAGAUUGCCACUGGCAGAAAGCACCCAGAGACUGCUGUAAACUCUUUCGACCCCGUCGCCUGCCCCUCGGCUAUUGUCUGGCCUUCAACGAGCUGGAGAGGCGACGUGGCAUGGAGACGGGAAUCAACUCAGGGCUCCUGCUGAGGCUACUUCAACGGCAGACGCAUCAUGCGCCUGGGAAUCCAGGCCUAAAGGGCUUCUGGGUAGGUAUCAGUUCCUUUUUCGUUAAGAAAGGAGCUGGUUUAGAAUUUGGUUUAUUUUGCCAGCUAACAGUGGUGGAAUCUUCGGUGUGGUUCGGUUUUCCCAUCGAGGUGGUGCCCCACAUCCGCACCAACGUAGCCGUUACAGCGGUAUACCACUACUAUGACGAGAGCACCCUGAGCACGCCCUCCAGCUGGCGGCACUGCGUCAUGGACUACGAGGAGGAGAGCGAGCACUUCUUCACCCUGGAGGGCCAGAAGUAUAUGCUGGAGAACUGCCAGGCGGAGUGCCAGCAGCGCUACCUGCUGCGGUACUGCAACUGCUCCGUGGAUCUGUUCUAUCCGCCAUCCGAUUAUCCCGCCUGCCGGCUGAAGGAUCUGCCCUGCCUGGCGUCCCACAACCAUUUGCUGCAGAACUUCGAGCAGCCCGGAGAGCAUCCCUAUGUGCACCGGGAGGAGUCCGGCCUGGUCUGCGAGUGCCUGUACAACUGCAAGUCCCUCUCCCUGCUGACCGACAUGCGGAAGAGUGUCCUGCAACCCUGGCUGCGAUCCAAUUCCAGCGCCAUCGAGAGCAUGUGGCUCAACGUCUUCUUCAAGAAGCCCUCCAUGCUGGUCUACAAGACCAACUUGAUUUACACCUGGGUGGACUUGAUUGUGUCAUUCGGAGGCAUUUGCCAGCUUUGUUUGGGCUGCUCGAUUAUCAGCCUCAUCGAGUUCAUAUUCUUUGCGCUGUACAAAGUGCCACAAUUUUAUUGGAAGCGUUUAUUGAAUGAAUAAAGUUGAUUUGAUUUGUUACUUA